GACCGAGCGGAGAAGAGGCGGAGCGUGACGCAGAUCAAGGUUUCGAUAAGCACACGCAGCAGCAUUAAAGAAUUAGUUUUGUUUUUCCACCUGGUGAGUUAACCGAGGGCCACUGAUCAGGCAAAAUAACAUCGAUAAAGACUUUCACCGUGUGUUCAGCUCAACGAUCCGCCGACCGUCAUCAUCAUCAUGGCUCUGGAUGGAUGUGGCUUGCUCUGCAAAUAUAUCCUCAUCAUUUUCAACAUCAUCUUCGCGGUGGUGGGGUUUGCCUUUCUUGGACUUGGCAUGUGGCUGAGGUUCAGCGACAACACAAGAGCGGUCUUCCAUGUGCAGGAAUUAAGCUCCAGCGCAUUUGUUAUGGGUGUGACUGUGCUGAUCGCUCUCGGGGCGGUGAUGCUGUUUGUGGUGAUAUUUGGAGACUACGGUGCCUGCAGCGAGAAGAGAUGCGCUCUGCAAGUGUUCUCCGUCCUUCUGGCCAUACUGGCUACAGCGGUAGUUGUUGUUGGAGUGCUUGCCAACUCCAAAAGGGAUGAGGUUGGAAUGAAGUUGACUGAGUUCUAUGGUACCUUGUAUCUUAUCUAUGUGGACAGUCAAGACCCAGGAAUUGCUGUCACACUCACAUUCAUCCACAACGCGCUUCACUGUUGUGGAGCGACUGGUGUCUCCAUAAUAGAGCUCGUUCAGAAGACCUGCCCCGAACCAGAUGGGUUUCUGGAACACCUCAAGAUGCCUAGCUGUCCUGGCGUCAUCGUAGAUGUCUUUAACAGUAAAGCACCAAUGAUGAUGGGCAUCUUCAUUGGAACUGGAGUGCUCCUGUUCAUCGCUCUGAUUUGCAGCAUUACCCUCAGCAGAAAGAUUAUUUCUGUCUCAACACCUCAGUACAUUAUCCUGACUCAAACCACUUCUACUCAGGCUAACUUUCAGCCAGCUCAGCAUGAAGUAGUCACCACCACCUAUCCUGACCAGGAGCCGGUCUUUUUCACUCCUCUCAGCGCAGCCAACAUCCCCGUAGCUUAUGCUUAGUGCACUCUUCAUUCCCACUGCGCCUGUUUCGCUUUUGAUUUUACUCCACAUUGCUUUAGUAUGAACUACAGGUAUUCCAUCUGCUGCUCUCAGCAUCGUCUCAAAUUUUUAUCAUUAACAGUUGUUAUAGGAGAAAUCCAACCUAACAAACACGACUCAGCUAUAACGUCACUCAGACAACUGGAGCACAGAUGCCCCCCCCCUUCCAAAAACAGAUACAGUUGACAGGUUUGACAGCACAUCACAGCAUUUAGCAAAUGAGUUUUCACAUUUUUAAUCACCAACUUGCUUCAUCUGCAGAAAAAUUGACAUUUGCUGGCAAAAACAGUAUAAGAAACCCUCUGUUGCUCUGAAUAUUCCCUCCACCACCAGUCAACUCUUUAAUCUUUACUUUAGUGCCUUUAAACACACACGGCCAGUACAUCAACAGGGUUGGAUUUGUCCCGUUUCGACGUCUCUCUCACACUUUCUCAAAGACUUCUGUAGCUGCGUGCUAUCUGAUUGCUGAGGCUGGAAGGUCUAGCCUCUUUAACACUCUUUCACCUAUGGCUGGUUUAAUUCUCGGGAUGAUGUAAUGGGUUGGUCAUUGCAUAGCUCUUUAUCCCAUCCCUGCUCUUUACUUGCCCUCCUCCUGUGUCUGCACAACAGAUGACGGCCAUGAUCUGCGCCUUAGUUCUCCUGAACCAGCUCAAGAACGCCCAUCAGGAGAGGACAGUGUACUAUUCGAAUGUGUACUAAGAGGUGGAUUGGGGUUUUACACCCUUAACCACUUCCUGUCAACAAAGGCAACUGCUUUACAUGCAAGCAGGACAUCAGUGUUUACAUAUUUUCCUUUUCUAUAGCUACGAUUACAUUACUUUGGAACCAUAUUUUGAUUAAGGCAUUUUUAAGACAUUUAGCUUAAUAAAUCCUGUAGCAUUUCAUGCACUAACCUGACAGGCCUCUAGAUUAUUGUGGCCAAACCCAGCCAUGAGAACACAUGAACAAAUUCAGCUGGUAAGACAUGAAUUUUAAAUUUUUUUAAACAUUUUUUCUCCUGAAAAGUUAUGCUGUUUAUUUAUGAAUGAGUAUUAGGGCCACGUUAAAGGGGAAGAGAAACAACGUGGCCAUGAGCAUACGGACGCUGAAGGUGCAGAAAGAUGUAUCUGGUUAAAAUGAAAUAGCUGGAGAUGGACAGAUGCAAGGAUGUUUAUGGUCACACCUUUAUGCAGUACAGAUGUUGUAUCAAAAGACACAAGGACUGAUCAUGUUUCAUCAGCUUAACUCCAUGAAGCAGUCUACAGAAUAUAAAUGACAAAAUCUCCACAUUUUAAUUAUUAAUAUUGAGAAUAAAGUUUCCCCUUCAUGUGACCCUAAUACUAGUAGUUUGUGUCUGUUGCACACAGUAAAAGUUUAGUCACUGGAUAUGGUCAGUUAUGACUGUUAAAAGGGAGUCAAUGUAUUAUCUUUGUUAUAGUAGAGGUCCAAUUACAGCAAGGUGUAGCAUGUUGGUGUCAUCGCUCUAAUGUGAGCUUCAAUUUCACAUCACUUUUUUGUGGCUGUAUACUAGAGUAUUGUUAGGAAGUGCAUUCCUUUUAGAUUUAUGGUCGGGGUUACAGAGGGCCAAAGAGCAGGAC